AUGCGGGUCUUGGAGUCGCCGAUGACUGCCGCAAGUUCCCUGGUCACAUGGUGGGGCAUGCUUCUACACCGGUCAGCCGUCUUCGACCUCUUUAGCGUCUUCUACAACAGACUGCCCAAGGACUGCCUGCAUGGCACACAGGCAGCUCUGUUGCGCGUUCUGUUCCGCGACACUCCUGUCAAGGGAACCGAACUCACCGCGAGUCUUAUC